AUGGAAUGGUGCUUUUUCGCAGAGAAUACCAAUGCAAAGCUCCAAUUCUCUAGUACCUUAACUUUAGCUGACUGUUAUUUUGAUACGUUUGUUUUUGAUGGAAACGCUGCAUCGUUAACAACAACAAGAUGCGACACAGCUACACAAGUUAUCCCUACAAACUUUCCCGUAUUCCAAAUCGGUUCAUGUUCGAUUUCAUUAUAUUCCGGAACAAUGAGUUAUAUUACUGAUGCUCCUCCUAUAACACCUGCUCAAACUAUGUUUGUUACACCCCAUUCGACACCAUUUUCAACAGCCCAUUCUACACCUGCAUCAACAAUGCAUUCGACUCCACAUUCCACUCCUCAUUCUACAGCUCAUUCUACUCCACAUUCCACAGCCCACAGUACUCCAGCAUCGACAGUGCAUUCAACGCCGCAUUCAACGCCACAUUCAACAGCUCAUUCUACACCACAUUCUACUCCUCAUUCGUCACCUUAUGGCGAAUUACCACGUACACCAGUCGAAACAGUUGCUCCGCCACGAACUGUUCAAGAAACACCACAAGAAACAACUAAUGCUGUUGUAGUUAUUAUUCCAACUCCUUCUCCAUCGAUAGAUAAUGCAAAUUUACUUUUUGAAACUCCUGGAGGAAAGAUAAAUACAUUAUCAUGGCUAGUUGUAACAGCAUUAUCAGCAGCUGUUGUAGGCAUCAUUGUUACUGUUGUUAUUUGCCUGAAAAGGAAGCCAAAGGUCGUUAUACAGAAGAUAGAGCCUAAAUCAGAUGAAUCAACAAUUUACGAAUAUUCAGAAUCAGUUCAAGAAGAAGAGGAAGCACCUGAAGAAGAUGUCCUUGAAAUAUUCUCUCUCAACGAAGAGAUAAAACCAACAAAAGAAAAACAAAGAGAAGUUUAUAAAGGUGUUUAUGAACAUGAUAAUACAGAUUUCGUUCUUUCUGAUACCGAAGACGAAGUCGAUUUAAUGCAGCAGAUAGAUGCAAUGCAAACAAAGGUAUCAACUGUACUUAUUUUAUAA